CCCGCUGCCCCUGGGGCCGUAGGGCCGAGCCGGCCCGCGCCCUCCCCAACGAUGCCCCAUCUCUGGCCGGCGCUUCGCCGCGUCCUCUGGGAAUACUGGGCAGCGCUCCUGGUCGGCGGCUUCUGGGGACAGAGCUCGCACGGGAUGCCGCAUGUCAUCCGGAUCGGAGGAAUCUUUGAGUACGCAGAUGGCCCCAACACGCAGGUGAUGAGUGCUGAGGAACAAGCCUUCAGAUUCUCCGCCAACAUCAUUAACAGGAACAGAACUUUGCUGCCCAACACAACCCUCACCUAUGACAUCCAGAGGAUACACUUCCACGACAGCUUUGAAGCAACCAAGAAAGCCUGUGACCAGCUCGCUCUGGGGGUCGUUGCAAUAUUUGGACCUUCCCAAGGCUCCUGCACCAACGCUGUCCAGUCUAUCUGCAACGCCCUGGAAGUGCCCCACAUCCAGCUCCGAUGGAAGCAUCACCCUUUGGAUAACAAGGACACUUUCUAUGUCAACCUGUAUCCUGACUAUGCUUCCCUGAGCCACGCCAUCCUGGACCUGGUGCAGUACCUGAAGUGGAGGUCGGCCACCGUGGUGUACGAUGACAGCACAGGCCUGAUACGGCUGCAGGAGCUCAUCAUGGCCCCGUCCCGCUACAACAUCCGCCUGAAGAUCCGCCAGCUCCCGCUGGACACCGACGACGCCCGGCCGCUGCUCAAGGAGAUGAAGCGGGGCCGGGAAUUCCGCAUCAUCUUCGACUGCAGCCACCUGAUGGCAGCUCAGAUCCUCAAGCAGGCUAUGGCAAUGGGGAUGAUGACAGAAUAUUACCACUUCAUCUUCACCACUCUGGAUCUUUAUGCAUUAGACCUAGAACCAUAUCGCUACUCUGGGGUGAACCUGACCGGCUUCCGGAUCCUCAACGUGGAGAACCCCCACGUGUCCUCCAUCAUUGAGAAGUGGUCCAUGGAGAGGCUGCAGUCGGCGCCCAAGGCCGAGCUGGGGCUCCUGGAUGGUGUGAUGAUGACAGACGCUGCCCUGCUGUACGACGCGGUGCACGUGGUGUCCGUGUGCUACCAGCGCGCGCCGCAGAUGACCGUCAACUCCCUGCAGUGCCACCGCCACAAGGCCUGGAGGUUCGGCGGCCGCUUCAUGAACUUCAUAAAAGAGGCCCAAUGGGAAGGAUUAACGGGACGCAUUGUCUUUAAUAAAACCAGUGGUUUACGGACAGAUUUUGAUUUGGAUAUCAUCAGUCUCAAAGAAGACGGCCUUGAAAAGGUUGGAGCAUGGAGCCCUUCAGAUGGUCUGAACAUCACAGAAAUCUCCAAAGGACGAGGGCCCAACGUCACGGACUCGCUGAGCAACAGAUCUCUGAUUGUCACCACGGUGCUGGAGGAGCCCUUUGUGAUGUUCCGUAAAUCUGACACGGCACUGUUCGGGAAUGACCGCUCCGAGGGCUACUGCAUCGACCUCCUGAAGGAGCUGGCCAUCAUCCUGGGCUUCUCCUACGAGAUCCGCCUGGUGGAGGACGGCAAAUACGGGGCACAGGAUGAGAAGGGCCAGUGGAAUGGCAUGAUCAAGGAGCUCAUUGACCACAAAGCUGACCUGGCCGUGGCUCCUCUGACCAUCACUCACGUCCGGGAGAAAGCCAUCGACUUCUCCAAGCCCUUCAUGACCCUGGGGGUCAGCAUCCUCUACAGGAAGCCCAACGGGACCAACCCCAGCGUGUUCUCCUUCCUCAACCCUCUCUCUCCUGACAUCUGGAUGUACAUCCUGCUGGCCUACCUGGGGGUCAGCUGUGUGCUCUUUGUCAUAGCCAGGUUCAGCCCAUAUGAGUGGUAUGAUGCCCACCCCUGCAACCCGGGCUCUGACAUCGUGGAGAACAACUUCACCCUCCUGAACAGCUUCUGGUUUGGGAUGGGAGCGCUGAUGCAGCAAGGCUCGGAGCUGAUGCCCAAAGCCCUGUCUACACGGAUCAUUGGUGGCAUAUGGUGGUUCUUCACCCUCAUUAUCAUCUCGUCCUACACGGCCAACCUCGCAGCCUUCCUGACCGUGGAGAGGAUGGAGUCCCCCAUCGACUCGGCAGAUGACUUGGCAAAGCAGACAAAAAUAGAGUAUGGAGCAGUGAAGGAUGGAGCUACCAUGACCUUCUUCAAGAAAUCCAAAAUCUCCACGUUUGAAAAAAUGUGGGCAUUCAUGAGCAGCAAACCCACGGCACUGGUCAAGAACAAUGAGGAGGGGAUCCAGCGAACCCUGACAGCUGAUUAUGCUCUGCUGAUGGAGUCCACCACCAUCGAGUACAUCACCCAGAGGAACUGCAACCUCACGCAGAUCGGGGGGCUCAUCGACACCAAAGGCUAUGGCAUUGGGACACCCAUGGGGUCACCGUACAGGGACAAGAUCACCAUCGCCAUCCUGCAGCUGCAGGAGGAGGACAAGCUCCACGUCAUGAAGGAGAAGUGGUGGCGGGGGAAUGGCUGCCCUGAGGAUGAGAACAAGGAGGCCAGUGCUCUGGGUGUCCAGAACAUCGGGGGCAUCUUCAUUGUCCUGGCAGCAGGCCUGGUGCUGUCUGUCUUCGUGGCCAUGGUGGAGUUCAUCUACAAGCUGCGCAAAACGGCGGAGCGCGAGCAGGCCUCGUGGAGCCCAACCACCACCCAGGAGUCUGAUGUUUACACACUGCAAACAGGCGGAGGUGAAGCAGAAUUGAGCCAACCCCGAGCGGGUGAGGAGGAGCCCCGAGCGUGGCUCCAUCAGCACGGCAAUAAACAGGAACACUCGGUCAGGUGUGAACACCUGACCCACACCGACACACAGAGCACAUUUUUGGAAUGGGAGAGGCAUCUGGGAAGCCCCAGGAUGGGGGAGGCUGUGCUUGCCCCAGAGCAGCUGGCGGUGGCCCUCACCUCGCGGCUGUGCUGGCCGCAGCCCCCCGGAGCGGGACAGCCACGUGGCAGCGUGGUGGCACAAGGUGACACAAGUUCCUCAGCAGAUCCAGGGCAGCUGACUGGGAAGGGGAAGGUGAGCCUGAAAUGUACCCAAGCUCUGGGCCAGGGAGGGCACAGCGUGGCAUGCACAGGACCUCCUGCACCUCCGAGUGACAGCACCCACACUCUCUGAGCCAAGCUCCAGCCCAGGGUGACACCGUGAUCUCCAGGUCCUCAGCUCUGUCUCUGCUCUUCCUGCAAAGCUCAGUUUCUCCUGCAGAGAAGCAUGGGAAGCAACCAUGUCCACAGGCUCCAGCAGCAGCAGGAGGAGAGCUGCUUCCAAGAGCCAAAAGUACCAAUUUCCAUGAAAUUCAGCAGUGCUGAACUGCAGCUCAGCACUGGGAGGGACUGUGGGCCUGGUUUAGGACUAAGUGCUCUCCAUGGCAUCAAGGACCUGAAAGAUGAAUCUCAGCCAGAGCUGACCUGGGAGAAGCAGAGCCAAGCCUGGGAUCCCUCCUGCUCUGACCACAAACUGCCACCCCUCAGGCAGCCUCUCCAUGGGAUUUAAGCAAACACACACUAAAAUGUUUUUAGGAAAUCUUCCGUGAAUUGUCUUCUUAUUUUCAGGUUGCUUAGCCCAGAAGGUUGGUCCUGCAGAUGAAUUUAGGCAGAAUUACCAAAGACCUCUCUGCUGACCUAAGGUAACACUCAAGUUACUUCCCUCAGCUCCAUCCCUGCCACGGGACCCGCAGGCAGCCAGUGGGAUUCGUUCACAAAAUUAAACAAAUGGAAAUUCCUCUGCUCACCAUAACCCAGGAUGUCACACAUGUGAUGCAAAGGUGCUUAAAAGCUCUGGUUUAACCACUGGUGGUGGAGGAAACAGCAACACCCUUCCCCUGCAGGGGUAAGAGGGACAGAGACCCUGCAGGACCCCACCUGUGUGGAGGGCAGGGAUGGAGCAGUGCCCAAGCCCUGGGCCAUGGGUCAGAGGGUGCUCAGGCCACCACAGCCCUCCUGAGCUGCACAGCCAUUCUGGAAAGUUUAUCCUUGCCCAAAGGAACAAACCUGACUGAUUUUGGAUUUUUCCCCCACCUCUUCCUCUCCAUGCUCAGUUGAGAAGGUUGAGCAGAAUUAGCAGAUUAGCUCAAGGGGGAAGAGCUGCUCCCCCACCCCACCAUGGAACACAGUUUGUCCUUAUUUUGCUUUUUCCAUGAUGUAAAGAAACAACAGUGACCCCAAGCAAAACCAGGUGAUUUGUCAUAGUUUGACUGAAGUAAAGAUAUGCAAAGAAUUUACAUUCAUUUUCACCUUUUCACAAAAACCAUGAAAAAUUAGGGAUGAAAGUUGCCAAUGCAAUGGGCAUCAGAUUCUCACUAGUUUGCUGCACAAAUACCUUGAGCAGAGGACAAACUGAAGUGUGGGGCAGCUUCCCAAAGCUAAUGACAUGCUUUCUGUAUUCCUUUGCAAAUCCUUAGGCUUGUCAGAGUAGUAGAUUUUAUGUUUUCCUUGCAGGUUUCUAAGCUCU